AUGAAUCUCGUAUGGAUAGAUGUCCCCGAUAUCUCUCUUCCAAAUGGUGAAAACAGUAUUCAAUUUGAACAAGAUGUAGCUCGAUGUGAUUUUCUUAUUUAUUUUGAUGUAUCUGAUGAAAUAAUGACUGAACGAUUAGUAAAACGUGGUGAAACAAGUGGUCGAAUUGAUGAUAAUGAAGAAACAAUUGAAAAACGUUUAGUAACAUUUCAUCAAGAAACACAACCUAUUUUGGGUUAUUAUGGUAAACAAGGAAAAUUAAUUACAAUCGAUACUAAUCGAAAACCAGAUGAAAUAUUUGAAGAUGUAUCAUAUGAAUUAGGAAAAAUAGUAAAACAACAGCCAUUAGGUUCUGGAAAAGGUACACAAUAUGAACGAAUUGUACAAAGAUAUGGUUAUACACAUUUGAGUACUGGAUAUGAAUAUACAAAAGAUUUACUUCGUGCAGCUGUUCAAUCAAAAACUGAACGAGGUGAACAACUUAAUGCUUUGAUGACAGCAGGAAAAUUAGUACCGAUGGAAGUUGUACUUGAUUUACUCAAAGAAAAUAUGAUUAAAAAUGCAGAUAAAUCAAAAGGAUUUCUUAUUGAUGGUUAUCCACGUGAAGUUGCUCAAGCAAAAAAAUUUGAAGAAUUAAUUGCUCCAUGCGAUCUUGUUCUCUAUAUAAAUGCAAACGAUGUAACAUUGACAAAACGAUUAUUACAUCGUGCACAAACAUCAGAUCGAGUUGAUGAUAAUGAAGAAACAAUUAAAAAACGUUUAAAAACAUUUCAUAAUGAAACAAUACCUGUUUUAGAUUUAUAUGAAAAGAAAAAUAAAUUAGAAGAAAUUGAUUCGGAAUUAGAGCCUGAUGCUGUUUUUAGUCAAGUUCGAGAUAUAUUGGAUAAACUUGCUUAA